AUGGCUGAAGGUAUGAGUACAGGGGUAGUUGUUAGCUUUUACAAGGGUUACGGUUUUAUCCGACCCGAUGGAGCAGAGGAAGACGUGUUCGUACACCAUUCUGAGAUCCAAUCAGAUGGUUACCGAACUCUUCGUGAAGGUCAAAAGGUUACGUUUUCGGUUGCUGAAAAAGGUGGGCGUACGAAGGCUGUUACGGUCAUCCCUAUUGACAUGGAUUGUAGUAGUCCUCGUCGCGAUGUUAUUAACGUUAAUAACGGUGGUGGUGCUGGUGACGGUGCGGGUGAUCGGUCGUGUUUUAGAUGUGGAGCGCCGGGUCAUAUUGCAAGAGACUGUACUUGGGAGGAAGUGGUCGACGACCGCAAGUGUUAUAACUGCGGUGAGGCUGGGCACAUGGCGAGAGAUUGUACUUCGAAUUCUAAUGGUGUUGGUGGUAAGAAGUCCGGUGAUCGUUGCUAUAACUGUAAUAAAGUAGGACACUUUGCUCGCGAUUGUCCAACUUCUAAUGCUCGUUGA